GUUGGCCGCAGACAUUUUCCUCAGCUUCAAUGCUUUCCAGGACGCUCCUCGGCCGUCGCCUCGUCGGCGCUGCGCGCUUCUCGCGGCCUUUGCGGUCAUAUGCGACAACGACCAAGUUGCCCGCCUCCUUCACGGAAGUGACCACUCUCUCGAAUGGCCUGACGGUCGCAACCGAGGCGCAGCCCCAUGCGCAGACGGCAACGGUUGGGAUGUGGAUUGACGCUGGCUCUCGCGCGGAGACGGAGAAGAACAACGGGACUGCACACUUCCUCGAGCACCUUGCUUUCAAGGGCACGAACAGCCGCACUCAGCAGGCCCUCGAGCUCGAGGUUGAAAACCUUGGUGCCCACCUCAACGCCUACACCUCCCGAGAGCAGACCGUGUACUACGCGAAGAGCUUCCGGAAGGACGUCCCGACCGCGGUCGACAUCAUUUCCGACAUCCUCCAAAACUCGAAGCUCGAGGCCUCUGCGAUCGAGCGCGAGCGCGAUGUCAUCAUCCGCGAGCAGCAGGAGGUUGACAAGCAGCUCGAGGAGGUUGUCUUCGACCACUUGCACGCUGUUGCUUUCCAGGGCCAGGCGCUCGGCCGCACCAUCCUCGGCCCGAAGGCCAACAUCCUCUCCCUCAAGCGCGAUGACCUGUCCUCCUACAUCCAGAAGAACUACACUGCCGACCGCAUGGUUCUCGUCGGUGCGGGCGGUGUCGAUCACAGCGAGCUCGUCAAGCUCGCUGAGAAGCACUUCUCCACCCUCCCCAUCUCCAAGAACCCCAUCCCCCUCGGCCGCCUCGCUCACCCCAAGGCUGACUUUGUCGGCUCUGAGGUCCGCCUCCGCGACGACACCCUCGGCACGGCGAACAUCGCCAUCGCCGUCGAGGGUGUUGGCUGGUCUUCGCCCGACUACUUCCCCAUGAUGGUCAUGCAGUCCAUCAUCGGCAACUGGGACCGCUCGCUCGGUGCCGCGCCGCUCCUCUCCUCGCGCCUUUCGCACAUCGUCUCAGCGAACAACCUCGCGAACUCGUUCAUGUCCUUCUCGACGUCCUACUCGGACACGGGUCUCUGGGGAAUCUACCUCGUCUCUGAGAACACCACCAACCUGGACGACCUUGUGCACUUCACGCUGAAGGAGUGGACGCGCAUGUCGAUGGCGCCGACGGAGGUUGAGGUCGAGCGCGCAAAGAGCCAGCUCAAGGCUGGUCUCUUGCUCGGUCUCGACGGCACGACCGCGGUCGCGGAGGAUAUUGGCCGCCAGCUCGUCACCAGCGGCCGCCGCAUGACGCCGGAGCAGAUUGAGAACGCUGUCAACGCGGUCACCGUCGAUGAGAUCAAGCGUGUCGCGCAGAAGUACCUCUGGGAUCAGGACUUCGCGUUGGCCGCCAUCGGCAACAUCGAGGGCUUGUUGGACUACAGCCGCAUCCGCGCCGACAUGUCGUCCAUGGUCUACUAGAGUGCAUCGUAGGGGUCUUUGCGCGCACCGGUGUAUUGCAGCUAGAUGUCGUGUAGCUUCUAUAGUACACAAAAUACCUUACCACUGGCAUUGACUGAGGAAUCCCUGCUCUGAAUAGCCUGAGUGCGAG